UCAAGAAAAUGCCACAGCCUGCAGCAGCAUGCCCGCGCAGAGGCUGAGAAGCCCUUUCAAUAUUGCCAAGGACACAAAUGAUGUUUGUAAUAAAAUUCUUCAGCUCUGAUCGGGAUUUGUUUGCCAGUUUUCUUUGGAAGGGAGGAGGGUUUGGUGGUCAUAUAGGCGGGCUGACGAUCCCUCUCCGCAUGCUGUCAACAACAGAGGAGCGCAGCAGUGACAGCUGUUUUUUUUUUCCUUCUCUCGCUGCUUUUGUUUUGUGAAUGGAUAUUUAAAGUUCGAGAUCCAUUCGCGCAUUCUCUCUCUCUACCUCUCUCUUUUUCUCUCACUCUCUUUCUCUCUCUCUCUCUUAUGAAAGAGCAUGACCGCUGCUGAGCUUCAGACAGAUUUGACCUGAGCUCACACACAGAGGAGAGAAGGCGAAAUGGAGACUGUCACGGCCUAUGACUUCUUGAUUAAUUCAACAGAUCUGAGCAACGUCUUGAGCCGCUUCGGGAUCAAUAUUUCGGAUUACGAGCCAAGACGGGGCCCCUCUCCAAAGUCUAACGACAUCUCCCAGCCUGUCCGGAUCGUCCUCUACAGCAUCAUCUUCCUCCUCAGCCUCAUAGGCAACAGCAUCAUCAUCGUCGUCCUCCUGCAUGUAAAACGAAGAUCGCGGAUCACCAUCACCAAUCUGUUCCUGCUGUCCCUGGCAGUGAGCGACCUCAUGAUCUCCCUGGUGUGCAUCCCCUUCACCUUAGUCCCCAACGUCAUGAAGGAUUUCAUCUUUGGCCUCGGCAUGUGCAAGAUGGUCAUGUACUUCAUGGGCGUCUCGGUCAGCGUUUCCACCUUCAACCUGGUGGCCAUCUCCAUCGAGCGCUACUAUGCCAUUUGCAGCCCCCUCGCUUCCAUGGCGUGGCAGACAAGGAGCCACGCCAAAAAGGUCAUCACCGCCACUUGGGUGGUGUCCUCCAUCUUGAUGCUGCCCUACCCGAUUUCCAGCACCCUGAUUCCCUUCACCCGCCUCGACAACAGCACGGGACACAUGUGUCGCCUGGUAUGGCCCAACGCAGUGUUCCAGCAGUCCUGGUACAUCGCGCUGCUGCUGGUGCUUUUCCUGAUUCCUGGUAUCAUGAUGGCGACGGCCUACGGACGCAUCUGCGUGAAGCUGUACAAGGGAAUCAGGCGAGCGCAGUCCCUGAAGAGCUCCAGCAGUGAACGCCACUCCAGUACCGGCAGCGUCAAACCAGCAAACGGCAAUGGCUGCAACUCAUCUGAGAGCAAGAGAACGAGGAGGAGCAAAAGCGGCGAGUUACCGGAGACGUCCCGAAACUCCAGGCAAAACGAGCUGGUAGCCAAUAAACGCGUCAUACACAUGCUCAUAAUCAUCGUCGUUCUCUUCUUCCUCUGCUGGACCCCCAUCUACGUCGUCAACGCGUGGAAGGCGUUCGACAAGACCUCGGCGAACCGUCUGACGGGGGCGCCCAUCUCUUUCAUCCACCUGCUGUCCUACACUUCGUCCUGCGUCAACCCCAUCGUGUACUGCUUCAUGAACAAACGCUUCCGGCGGGCCAUACUGGCUAACUACAAAAUCUCGUGGAGAAUCCGGAAGUGGUUCUACUAUGGGAAGACAAAGAGGCCAUCUGUGUUGCACAAUGACGUGGAAAGACGAUUUACGCUGUCCAGUGGCAUGAACGUCUAUUCUCAAAGCAUGAGAGAGAGCACACCCUGCGUCAACACGAACAUCCCCAUGACGCAGUGCAGCAAGGUCCCGUGAUCUCACUGCAUGCCGCCUGGAGUAAAGACGGCGUGUUGUGUGUUGCUGAGCCCUCACAGUGCUUUCAGGACCAGUUGAUGGGUAUUUCUUUCGUUUUAAGCUUGGUGUGGAACGACACGAGUCGGUAGUCUAACGCCUUGAUCGAUGCAGGCUCCUCACAGCAGACGAUCGUAGCCAGAUGUUUCUCAGAGACCUUCAGAGCUUCAGGGGCCGUGAGCGUGACUCGAAGUGCUCUGACGCAGCAGGAAAUAAGUCAAUGUCCCGGUUCUACACGUAAAUACUGACACAUACUCCAGAAGCGUCGAUAUGAAGAAAUAAACAUUUUUCUUAAAUAAUUUUUUUUUUGAAGAUGUUAAAACUAUGUCUAAUGUUUAAAGACCAGUUCACAGGCAAAAAUAAGUGGGACUUUUCUUUUUUUAUUAUUAUUAUUUUUAGUCACAAAAAACAAUGUCCUAAGCAGAAACUAAUGAAACUCAGUAUUUUUAUUUUUUUUUAUCUUUGUAGCUGGUCAGUUGCCUACUUCAUAAUUGCCCACUCUUGGUUGUAUCUGUAAGUUUGUUUCUUUUGUUGUAUUUGGAAGCAACAUGUAUUAGUAGCUAAAAGUAAUUAGCGCCACAAACAUUCAGAGUUGAAGCCGGAAAGCCGUCAGGCCUGGCGUGACGCCGUCCCCACCUCUGAGUUUCAACCUCUGAGACAAAUCGAAUGCAGCUUGCGGCUAGAUUUGUAUCGAUCCCAUUUCCAAUCAAUGUUUAAAUUCGCAUUUGUGCUGAAAAGAAUAACAAGUUACAAGAAAUGUUCAGUAGUGUGUUGUGAAAUAACAGGUUGCCUUUUUCUUUUAAAAAAGGCCGAAUCAAAGACAACAAAUCCUAAACAUUUACAUGUUCAUUUCUUCAUUGAUGACAGAAUGAUGUCCUCGAUUCAAACCCAUUUUCAUUUCAUUGGUUUUCACUCUGUUUUGUAGCUUGGCGGCAUUUUUGAAACGCUUGUCAUGCAGGCUUGCACAUGAGAAAAUGAAGGAUAUUUUUGAAAAUCUUCAAGCCCCGCUGUUUCUUUGAAGUAUGUUUCGCCAUUCAUUUGCUCCUGUUGUGAAAGUCAACGUGUUCUGGAGGUCGAUGGGGUGUGGUUCACAGUGAUCUGCUGCGUCACAACAGGUUGUGUUACCUUUCUGUAAGGACACGUUCUCGUUUUAUUUAUUUUUCAUACCAAAGGAUCAACUCACUACAUGGAAAUGAACUUUUAGUGCCGUGCGAGUGCCCUCGGGGUUGCCAAAUAUUUCUUAGGUAAAUAAGGGAUGGCUCAAGUAUUACUUUCAGUUUUAAUGGUACCAGUGAGUAAAUAGUCUGUGUACCUUAGUUUGAGAUCCAAAGUUGUGGUGGAUACAGAGAGUUUGCACAGUGUGGGAGAGCUCAAGUUUUAUUUAUUUUUUAUUUCCCUUUCUUGAUACAGAUGCAUCUAAUUUUCAAAAGUCGACCUUAAAGUUUAAACCUAAACUUUUAGAGAACAAAAGAUUCAAUCCCCGACAUUUUGGAGUGUUUUUGAAGCCUAGUCGCUGCUAAAUGUUUAAAACAGCACUUUUAGUGUUGGUGUUCUUUAGACUGAUGCUAACGAGACAGUAUAGGCUGGCAUCGGGAGCCUAUGUUUUCCAUUUUAGUAAAAAUAUAUUUUGUACACACUUAAUCUCAAUUGUAAGGAAAGAAAAGUUGUUAGAUGGUGAUUUUCUUAGCAAUUAGCAGGAAGAGUAAAAAGAGCGGGAAAAGUCCCAAGGCUGAGAAGCACAAGUCAAAAUUACCGUAACACGUGUAAAAAUUAAAAUAAUUCAAGCAAGUUUGAAUUUAAAUUCAACGCAACAUUGGUUUAAAAAAAUUGCUUAACUUUAUAUGGUUAGAAAUAUUUCUGCUCCCUUUAGCAAGAAAAACUGAACGGAACUAAGCUUACUGCGGCUAAAUAAUCAAUACAAUGUAGGGUUUUUUUUUUCUCACCACAAUUUAUUAGUCGUUUUCAGCAUUGAAUUUACAUACUGGAACAUUUUUAUACUUCUGAAAAAACUAAACGCCGAGACACUGAACCGCUUCUAGGUUCUCUUUGAUUUGAAUCUCUACAUGCUGCCUUCCCACUUCCCUAGAAGAUAUCCUCAACUUCUAGGAAUCGCCGGCCUCACCGACACAUUAAUCACAACCAGCAGCUUCGAACUGAAACACCCACCGCUGCACAAACAGCUGCUGCCCUUGACCCUCUGUAUGUAUGUACCUGAAGGACUGGACAACUGGAGCGGCCUUAUCUUUUUGUGGGAUUUGUAACACCUGCAGCUUGUCUUUAAAGAGUCAGUCUCUCCCCUCACCCACUCGAUUUCCACACGUUCUUACUGUCGAACACAGCAGCAUCAAUGUAGCAACUUGUGCGUGUUUUUUUUUUGUUUGUUUGUUCUUUUCCUGUGAAGAAUCCAAUAUUUCUCUUGUCGUUCUCUGCCAGCUGUGAUGUGAAAUGUGGGUUCUCAAACGUUCUCCGCCGUCUUUUUGUGAUCAGGCUCGUUUCAGGCGAACGACUGACUAGAAAAAUACGAUCGUGGGAUAUUUGUCGACCUAUUGCAGACAUGGCCGUCGGAAAAUGUUUCGACAUUUUCCAGACGUUUUCCAUGAGUCACGGUCACAACUAUGAACUUCAAUGCGUCUCGCAGGAAUUUGUGUAAUAUGUACAGGCGGUAAAGUUGUGCACAACUUUGAAGUGGGGAAAAAAAAAAAUGUUUACAACUAAAUUAUUUUAAAAAAAUCUAAAAGUGUGGCUUGCAUUUGUAUUCAGUUCCUCUUGUGGAAGCGUCUUUUGGGGGUUAUGGCUCUACACAGUGCUGAUAAAAAGUAUUCACCCGUUUAAUGUUUUCUCCUUUUUUACUGCUUUUACAAAUUAUAGUCAACAAUAUUUGGCUUUUUUGACAAAAAAAAACCCCUUUGAUAUCAAAAAAACUGAUUUCUAUAAAAAAUAAUUAUAUAAACAUAUUUAAAGUAGAAUAAUUGAUUACAUAAAUGCCUCCUUCCCAAUUUUAAAGGAUCAAAGGGGGUGAAAACUUUUUAUCGGCCCUCUAACUCUUACUUAUUUAGAUCUGACUGAGUCAAACACAUGAUUAAUGUAAUUCAUUUCUCUGGUCCAUGGGUCAUAAUUAUUGGUAAUUUGUGACAAACGUUUGGCGAAAAUUUGGAUGCGAAUGGUAUUGCACGUCCGAGGAGAAACAUCAAUUUUUUUAGUUUUAAAUUGUGAAGUUUGCGUGUAAAGGGCUGCGUAUAAGAACCUGGAGCGCACACAUUCAGAUCCAGGGCAAAACAAGUCGGUGCUUUUAGUGGGUUUCACAAAGUGGACCUUGAAGGAGAAGAGCGACUCUGGCGAGACUCGUGUGUCACUGAAGGAGCAAAUAAGAAGAAAGCUUUACGUAAGAGCAGGACAAAUCCAGGUCAGUUAUCCGUUACCCUUUGUAGCAUCCAUUCAGAGUAAAAGUAGUAAAUAAAAUGAUUAAAAAAAAAAAAAAAACAUACUCUCACUAAUUAAAAACAUUCACAUUUUAUCACUUUUUAAACUCUCAUUUUAUUCCAAUAUUGCAAGUUUUUUUCUUGUUUUUUUUCUGUUUUUUUCCUUUCUUCUUUUAAUGACAUACAGUUUUGAGCAUGAUCUGGAGCUGCAAUAUGUACAAAAACAAACUAACAUAUGUUAUUAAAAAAGAAAAACAAAAAAUAAAAAAAAAUAAAAAAAAACGUCCCCUUUGUUUUGACGUUAUUGCUAAAUGUUACAAACGGCACAGGUUUCUACCAUCAGCAACCCUUUGAGCACUGAGUAUAUAACUACCACAUGACACCUCUGCUUACCAUUUUACUAGAAUAAUACACAGAUAACAGUGAGAGUAGCGGGAGAUGAAGACAAAGAAAGGGCGGUCCAGGUGCAGCGAGGCUAAGCAUCGACAACAACAAACAAAAGUGAGAAAUCUUCAAAUGCACAAUGGAAGAUACAAACAGAAACAUUAAAAACAAUGAAGGAUGAAAUGUGUGAGAAGAAGUAGAAAGUUUAGCGCUCUGUAGUGCAAACAGCCAAAUAGUCUAAAAGGAGAAGUAAGGCUGAGUGCGACAGAGAAAGGGCUCCACACUCCGUUUUAUUCGUUUAAAGCUGCCUCUCACUCUGCCCUGGUUUUUUAUUUUAUUUUAUUUUUUUUUAGCAGUGCAUGAAAACUACAUUAUAAAAAGACAUUUGGCAUAUUAAGAAGAUACAUACAUUGUUCAGAGCUCAUAAAAACACAUCCACACAGAACAGCUGCUUUUUUCUUUUUUGUGUGUUUUUGGUAGUGUAAAAUAAAAAUAAAAAAAAAGCACGACAAGGACGCACGGAGAGGAACAAAAAGACACGAAAGCAAACAAGGAGAGAGAGAGAGACGGUGUUUUCCCUCUUGUGAAGGUUCACAUCAACACAGCGUGCGUAUUGUGAAGGCAUGUAACAUUUUAUUUUUUUUUAUUUUUCCACAGUAUGUUCCCCCUUCUUUUUUGAAUUAGCACAUUCUGAAAACAGAAAACCCAGUAAAUUAACUCGGAUUGUCGAAGGCGACGGAUUUGUUGAGAACAAGAGCCGCCAUUUUUGUUUUCUUAAUGAAUCUGAAAGCUGCUCGGGGUGGCGCGGUUUGCUUCGAGGCGGCUACACGUAAACAAAUAUUUAAUCUUAGGAGACGGAGGAAGGUAAAAAAAAAAAAAAAA